GCGGUCUGUCUGACAUACAAGUAGUUAGUUAACGUUAAACCGACACCUGCCGUUUGAAGUAACGUUCGAUGCUAGUCAGGCACUGCUAAUAACUGUUAGCUAACGUUAGUUAACUGUUAAUGUUAGCUGCUAGGUAGGAUAUGUUUUAAAAGGCAUUCUUAGCUUAUCGAGACGUUAAAACCGAAGAUAGUGGGAUGAUACAGUGUUUUCUCGUAUAAACAUCAUCCCAAAGAAUGUAACUGUAGCUAACAUUAACUUGGCUAACUAACGUUAACAGUCAUGUCUACGUUUGUUAUUAUUACUUAGCUCACUAGGUUGCAUGAUGUAAAAUGAGUGGAUUACUCAGCAAUUAGUCAGCUACUGAAGAGUUGCUUUCAUUUUCUUCAAAUUAACUUUAGAGACAGCGUCUUUACGGAUUGCCAUAUGGAUUCUCCUCGGCAAUCUAAGAAGGCUAACCUGAAUCGAGAGCCAAAGCGCAGCCAGAAUCAGUCAAGCACUCCUCCUCAGAAAGAUGCCUAUGCCAGGCUUCUCAGCCAGCACUGCAGCAGCAAGUUCAGUCUGUAUCUAGAACAAUAUGCAAAGGACACGUUGCUUCAAAGGGAAGGAAAUGGGCCAAGCACACUGCCCAAAGCCGUGAGUGACAAGCUGAACAUACCACAGCGAAAAAGGGACCAAGUGCCCAAUGAUUUCUCUGAUUCGAGUGACUUCUCCCCCUCUUCCAUGAAAGGUAAAGGAGAGGAGAGUUCACUGUCUUUGUAUAUGGAGAAACUAAGCACCCGCAGUGCUCAGCAGGACUGUGAAAGGAAGCAGAGUGUAUCUGACAGGCAGCGACGGGGGCAGAGAAGGGACACCACCACCAGCCAGGAUGGAGACAUCGAGUCUGGCGAGGAACUCUGCUCUUUAAAACCCAGUGACUCAAAGAAACACCAGAAGCCACAGCAGCAGAAGAAAAACAAGGACUCUAAAGAAACCGACUCAUUUGUUCGACGUCCCCAGUCCCCAAAGAAAGCCAGUACAAGUGGACAGGAGCAAGAGAAGAUGACGAAGUCAAAGAAAAGAAACCUGCCAAAUCACCCAGAAGAGGAGAAAAGCCAAGAAGGGACAUUCAAAUCUGGGUUAGACACUCAGAUGUCAAGGCCCAAGUCUCCUCAUGGUAAAGACAAAAAACUGCUGCAGUCCAGAGCUUCAAGUGCCAAUUCUCCUGCUGACAAGACUAAGAACAAAGGAGGCAGAGGAUCAAAGAAACAAGUGUUUGAAUCCUACAUGACAUCCGAGGAGGUUUCCCAUGGCCUUAAAAGAGGAGAACUCAUUCAGGGACAGUUAAGAAUCAACCCAAAGAAAUACCAUGAAGCUUUCAUCCCAUCUCCUGCAACUUCUCCAAUUCUGAAGUGUACAGAUGACGCACGGGAUAUAUUUCUAGAUGGGAUUGUAGCUCGCAACAGAGCACUGAAUGGAGACAUAGUGGUGGUGCAAAUCCUCCCUCGGGAGCAGUGGAAGGUUGUGAGGUCAGAUACUGACUGUGAGGGCGCCAGUGAGUCAGAGACCCAGAGAGAUAACAUGGUGCAAACAGCGAAGAAGAAGGCACAGCGCACCCCCAGGCCCGAUGUCACUGCGGAAGACCAGUGUAGCGACCAGGAUGAACUCAUCAGCAGAGUUCAGAGUAGCACCCUCACUGACACAGGGGAAGCUCUGGAGGACCCCUCAACCCCACGAUCCAAUGGGGAAAUACUCCAAAAGACUGCUAAAGUGGUGUACAUUGUUGAAAAGAAACACUCAAGAGCUGCGACAGGCUUCCUGAAAUUCCUACCCGAUAAGCCUUUUGCCAUGUUCUCCCCUGUGGACCACCGGGUGCCACGGAUUAACGUUCUCCUUGCUGACUGUCCCGAAGACUUUACUUCCCGCCCAGGCGACUACACCAACACCUUGUUCAUAUGUCGAAUCACCAACUGGGCAGCCGACAGCAACUUUGCAGAAGGUCGACUUGCUAAGACACUGGGUCAAGCUGGAGAAAUCGAGCCAGAGACAGAGGGCAUCCUGACAGAGUAUGACGUUGAUUUUUCGGAGUUCUCAGAUGAGGUGUUAGACUGCCUACCCAAAAACCUGCCCUGGACCAUCCCCCCUGAGGAGAUGAGAAAGAGGAGAGAUCUGAGGAAGGAGUGUAUCUUCACAAUCGACCCUGCUACCGCCAGAGACCUAGACGAUGCUCUGUCCUGUAAACAACUCCCUGAUGGUAACUUUGAGGUGGGAGUCCACAUUGCUGACGUGAGUUAUUUUGUGGGGGAGGACAACGCUCUGGAUGCCAUUGCCAGCCAAAGAGCAACUAGUGUGUACAUGGUUCAAAAGGUGAUCCCCAUGUUGCCCAGGCUGCUGUGCGAGGAGCUGUGCAGUCUGAAUCCGCUCAUCGACAGACUCACUUUCUCUGUCAUUUGGAAAAUCACACCGGAGGGGAAGAUCCUGAGUGAGUGGUUUGGCCGCUCAGUCAUCCGCUCCUGCAUAAAGUUGAGUUACGAUCAUGCUCAGAGCAUGAUUGAGGCCCCUGAAAAGAUGUUCUCUGCUGAGGAGCUGCCACCCGCGGACCCUGAGCACCCCAUUGAUGAGAUCCACCAGGCUGUACUCAACCUGCACACCAUUGCCAAGAACCUCCGGGCUCAACGCUUCUCAGGAGGAGCCCUCAGACUAGACCAGUUGAAACUGUCUUUCACCCUGGACAAAGAGACCAUGAUGCCUCAAGGCUGCUAUGUUUACCAGUACAGAGACAGUAACAAGUUGGUAGAGGAGUUCAUGUUACUGGCUAACAUUGCCACAGCCCACCACAUCCACCGCAAAUUCCCUGAGCUGGCCCUGCUCAGACGCCACCCUCCACCGAAGGCCAAAAUGGUGGACGAGCUGCAGGAGCUUUGUGACCAGUUAGGAAUCGACAUUGAUCUGUCCUCUGCGGGAGCGUUGCAUAAGAGUCUCAAUACAACUCUUGGUGAUGAUGAGUAUUCCACUGCCAGAAAAGAAGUCCUCACCCACAUGUGCUCCAGACCCAUGCAGAUGGCGUUGUACUUCUGUACAGGUGUACUUAAGCAGGAGCAGUUUUUUAAGCACUACGCCCUCAACGUUCCUCUCUACACUCACUUCACGUCACCCAUCAGACGCUACGCUGACAUCAUUGUCCACCGGCUGCUGGCUUCUUCACUGAAUUGUGGGCCUAAUUUGGGGCUGUCAACAGAAGAAGUCCAAAAACAGGCAUCUCACUGUAACGACAAGAAGACUGUGUCCAAGAGAGUCCAGGAGCUCAGCUCUGAGCUCUUCUUUGGAGUGUUUGUAAAGGACUGUGGCCCUCUGGACUCUGAGGCCAUGGUGAUGGGGGUGCUGGAUCAGUCCUUUGAUGUGCUGGUUCUCCGCUACGGAGUGCAGAAACGCAUCUACUGCAAGUCUGUUGCAGGCCUGGACUCGUUCCACCCUCGUAAGGUGGGGAAGAAAUCAGAGCUGACUCUGGUCUGGACACCAGAGGACCCAGAGAAACCUCCAGUAGAGCAGGUAAUUUCAAUCUUCACGUUAGUGGAGGUGCAGCUCAAAGCGGACAGUGCACCCCUGAAAUACAGUGCUUUGCUCAAGAGGCCUGAGGACAGUGGAUCAUAAACACUUAAAUGUGCCGUAGAGCGCACAAACACUUGUAUGGAAAUUUGAAAUUGUACAUUUUCUUUUGCUGAUUGGUAGAAAUGACAUGUAGUUUAGAAGCAGUAUUACUGUGGUAAACAGGGAAAUCACUGAUCAGGUCAGAGUCAGAUUUCAAUUGAAAUUCCCACCAAGUUUCAGUCUUAACUUGAAGACCCAUUCCAGUGUUAUUUUUUCACGUUAGCCCACUUACUGCAAAUAUAACACACGUACAUGACUGCUGCCCAUUUUCCAAGGUAUAUUAUUGUGUUUCAUAUUUUUGAAUAUGCUGUCGAAGGCACUUCAGCUUUUCUUUGGUUUCCAUUCGUUUCUGUAAUAUAUGGAAGUCAACAUUUGCAGACAUGCAACAUGUACCCAUCACAUGAACCCAUCACAUGUAUAAGGCAUAAAAGCCAAGUUUACUUUCAUUCUUCAGAAAUUAAUAGAAAUAAUGGCCAUCUUGGAAUUAGAAAAAAAGUUCAAAAUGCUUUGGAAAAUGGUUGUCUGUAUGACAUGUAUGAUUUAUGGUAAGUGGUUUAACAUGUAAACACUGAUAUAUCCAUUUAAGCCUCAAUGACCUCACUAAUGGACAGACAUCGCUGUUUUUACGUAAUUCAGUAUGGAUUUCAUAUUGAAUUGUGACCCAGGUCUGACUGAAAGAACCAAUGCAGCAAUGAGUUUUAUUUUGCUGUUGAUUUAUUGACCUAAUGAGGACCGUUUUUUGAUGUGAUAUAACUGUUGAGAGCUGAAUUUGAACUAUUUUCGGUUUAAUAUCAAUGACUCGUUUCCUGAUUCUACAUUGAGGAGAGACCCAUAUUUGUGUUUGCAAAGCAAUAAGGUUUGCCACACUACUGAAGUUUACUUAUUUUAGCUUUCUUUGACCCAAACUGUUCAAAUGUAGCAGUAAUAACAAGGUAAAACCUUUGACUACAUCAGGUUCACAGAACAGGUAUAUUAACAUAUAGAAUGACAUAAUAACCGCUACCACAUGCCAUCCAUGACGUUUUAUAUUGCCGUAUGUAUUUAUAGUUUUUUAUGCAGGAAGACUUUUCAGAUUCUUUUGGGCUGUGAAUGAACGGGCUGAAGGGCUUCUUCAGGUCCUUCAUAUCACAGGACUUUUCAUUUGAUUUCCAUUCUUAAAACAUAUUGUUCUAGUCUAAACUGAGGUACAUUGUAUUGAUUGUGCCAGACAGGCCGAAGCUUAAUAAUUUAUCAACUCAUUGUUAUUGUUAUUAAUACAAAACAUGGGAAUGACUUGAAUGUGAAUUAUUAUGUUGGCUCAUGUCCUUUGGAGUGCCAUCUGUUGUUUGUGUGGGGGUUUUUUAUGCUCAGACUUGAUUUGUGCAGCACAAAUACUCUAUGGACUUGGUUAAUAUCAACUGUGAAUUUCAGCCUUAAUUUAAUCGAGUGAAGAUAAAACUAAAUUUCAGUGCAGCUGCACAUUUUAAAAUGGUUGUGGGCCUCUGCUUUUUUGCUUUAACUGAGUCAAUGUGCCUCUCUUUAGUUGUCACUCAUUCAGAUUUUAGUUGAACAGUGCCAUGUAGUGUCAUACAAAUGAGCUGCUACGUCUGUGCAAUUUUUUUGUUUUUAUUUCUGGAUUUCAAAUCUUAGUUUGACAAAUAGUUUUAGCCGCGUGUCAGAUUUGUGAAAGACCACUAGCUAAUGUUUUUAAGCUAUUUUGUUUUACAUGGACCGACCGAGUUUAGCAAGUUAAGUGUAAAACAACUGUACUGAAAGUAGAGUGUGUGUGUUUCUGUGGGUAGGGUUGAAAAAUUAAUUUCUCGCAUUUGAAAACCCGAGAAUACAGUCAAGUCAGAAGAAAAUUCAAAGUACAAUUUCUGUGUGUCUUUUGCAAAGUUAUAUUGUGACAUGUAACUUUGCUUCUGGUCUGUAUUCAAAGUACUCUGCUAAACCACCAUACUGAGCAAUAGAUAGUUGUCUUUGUGACUGUGCAAACCAAUUUCCCCACGGGGAGAAAUAAAAGUAUCUGUCUAGGUAAAUAAAUACAUACAUGAAAUCCACUGGGGGGAAAAUGA